CCUUGCUCCUCUCCCCCCCCGCCCCCUUAACCGCCUCCAAUGCUAGCCAAGCAACCCCAGAUUGGCCAUCCGGGAGAUCGCAGGACUGCCAUCAUCCAUAUUUGCGGUUCAGUAUACCCCUUGUCAGAUCACACGCGCCGGUCAGGUCUAAUCGCUGACCGUGCCGAUGUCUGACAAGCGGUAACCCCCAGGUCCAUCCCCGGAAUUCACCCAACAGAUCACAGACACGAACGUCGAUGCAGCAGCGAACGGCCUAUCAUGUCGACACCCCCCCUCUGAGGAUGCCCACGUUGAGCAUUGUCCUUCCCGAGCAAUAUAUCACCGCAGUAGUUACGCCAGCAAUUCGGGGGGUGCUUGGCCUUCCCGUGCCGCCGUCUUAUACGAAUGCCAUCAACUGGUAGCCGACAUCCCUCCGACUGCGAUGCUGAACAAGAAGGUCAAGGCUGCGGCCGUGCACGCGGCGCCUGUGUACAUGGACAAGGCGGCCAGCCUGCGCAAGGUCCUCGCCCUCAUCAACCAGGCGGCGCGCAAAUCGGUCGAGCUUCUCGCCUUCCCCGAGGUUUUCGUCCCGGGAUUCCCUUAUUUCGCGUACGCUUACGCGCCUAACGCUGCCACCGUCGCCCUCUACGCCGCCCAGAGCGUCGUCGUGCCCGACGAUCUAGAGGACGUCCAGGCCGCGUGCGCAAAAUUUAAUAUUGUCGUCGUGCUGGGCAUCUCGGAGCGUAUGCGCGGCGGGAACUCGCUGUUCAACAGCAUCGUGACCGUCGACGCCGACGGCACCAUCCUCGGCGUUCACCGCAAGGUGCAGCCGACGUGGGCAGAGCGCCUCGUGUGGGGCCAGGGCUCCGGCUACACGCUACGCACAUACGAGCUGCGGACGAUGGAUGACGGUGGUGGCGGCUACCGAAUCGGCGGGCUCGCGUGCUGGGAGCAUGUCAUCAACGGCGCCCGGCAGGCGCUCAUCGACCAGGGCCAGCACGUUCACGUCGGCUGCUGGCCGGCUCUCGACGUGCUCAAGGGCUUCGAGAAGGUGGCGUGCGCGCAGAUCGAGGCCCUCAUGAAGACGCACGCCCUGACCGCGCAGGUGUUCGUGCUAUGCGCGAGCAGCUACGUCGAUGAGACGUGCCUGCGGUGGAUGACCGAGAAGCUAGGUCCCCAGGACAAGGUGAGGGCCGGCGGGGGCUGGACGGCCAUCGUCCACCCCUUCUGCUCCAUUGUUGCUGGGCCCCACACAACCAGCCAGGACAAGCUCGUCGUUUCUGAGAUUGACCUGUCCCAGUUAGACCUCGUGAAGGCGUACGUCGAUGGUGUGGGUCAUUACAAGCGGCCUGAGGUCUUCAGUUCGCACGUUGACAUGACCCAGAGGUGGAAGGACGAGCCGGACAUUGUCGGCCCUAUCUCGUGGUGUUCUGAGGGACUAGGCGAGCCGUGAUUGCGCGUAGUUAGAGAGACGACGCUGGAUAAUGCGAUGUUGUGUUUUUCAUUCCCCGACUCGCCAUCGUAAAGGGCGUCCUGUCAUGCAAUAGCCGGUAGUGGGUCUACUUCCAACUCGAUUGGGGGGAGGCCGACUGCCUUUCCGUAAUCGGCUGGUGAAUGAAUUCGGAGCAAAUCCCGGACGUAACCCGGAUGCGGGUCUCUCGCGACACAGCACC